AUGACUGCCCACUUUCUUGGAAUGACCGUUGGUAGUUUGCCAUCUGGAUGGCUCGCAGACCGUUUCGGACGCAAAACUAUAAUCAUCAGUGGAGUUGUGCUGCAAGGAAUUAGUUGUUUGUCUCUUUCACAAAUGCAGAACAUCUACGCCAUUUUGUCACUGAGAUUUUUGGCGGCCGUGGCUGAUUCGGGUGUAGUGAUUCCUUCGGCUGUUUUUGGAGCGGAGAUCUCGUCGAAAGAAGGGAGGAAAGAAGCUGCAAUUGCUUUGCAUUUUUCAUACGCCGUAGGUUGCCUUAUUACUUCCCUAUUUGCAUAUUUAAUCAGGAAUUGGUCACUUCUUCUCCUCGUCUUAUCCAUUCAGUCGCUACCAAUGGUCUUUAUCUAUAUCUGGUUCGUGCCGGAGUCACCACGUUGGUUGCUGGCUAUGAAGAAAUACAAAUCCGCAGAGAAAGUUUUUAAAAAAAUGGCGAAAAUGAACAAGAGUGACUUCAUCUAUAAUCCGGAACAGGAAUUUCCCGCUUACAUCCUGUGCGUCCUGCUUUUAAACCGCAUCGGACGGAAGAAGUUGUACUCUUCAUUCAUGAUUAUGGGAGGCAUAACCGGCUCGAUGGUUUUACUUCCAGCUCUUUACGCACCGAAACAUCUUCAGUGGACGGUGACAGUUCUGGCCAUGUUAAGCAGAUUGUGUGCCACGGGGACAUUUACUGUCAUAUUUCUGUACACCUGUGAACUUUAUCCGACUUGUAUCCGAAAUGCCACACUUGGGGCCAUGUCUACAAUUGGAAGAAUAGGGGCUGCCAUUUGUCCAUAUGUUCUCAGACUGCCUGAUUUAUUUCCGGGUAAAGUCGGUAGAAGUUUGCCUUUAGUUUCAAUGGGUGCUGUCUGCCUUAUAUCCGGAAUCCUGAUUCAGUUCUUGCCAGAGACAAGCAACAAGGCCUUAGCGGACGACUUUGAAGAAGCCAAGACUCUUCACCUCGUGACAAGAUGCGAGACUGACAAGGAUUUAAAUGCGUCUAUACCUUUUAAGACACAAGAAUCCAAAUGUUAA